UUGGUGAAUUUCCAACAUUCACUGAACGAUUUGCAAAUCAUGUGUGGGACAAUCAUCCAUCAGAGGAAUUUAGAUACAUAGUGUAUUGUCACCAGAAACUGGGCGAAUCAUGUGUGGGACCAGAGGCCCGAUUCAUGAAAGCUCCGCAAGCUUGCGGAAUUCCGCAACUCCCUGCGGUACCGCUAUUUCCAAUUCACAAAAGGGCCGCAAAAUCAGCAUCACCGCAGAUAUCUUGCGGUACCGCGAGAAUUACGUCAUUAUCGUGCGGUACCUCUGUACUUACCGCAAGUCACUCUCUGAAAAUUUAGCGUAAUCAAUCCCCUUGAGAACACAUUUAACAUUAGCUUUAAGUGAUGGAAAUACGUACAUGUGUAUUUCAUAUAUCAUCCUUUCAUCAGGACAAUUUUCUAAAUAAAUAAAAUAAAAAUUAGAAUGUGAUAUAGACGUUCAAAUAUGGAUGUAAAAGCAAUGUGUUAUGAGUAGUUUUUAAGGUUUUCAAUGUUGCGGAACACCGUAACUUCAAUUAUGUACAUUUUGAAUAUGAAUAAUAAGUACCCUCUGAUAGCUAUUUGUAAUCGUCAGUCCAUGAACACAAGAACGGUUGCCAAACUUAUGGAGGGGAGUGUAUCAUAUCUUAUAU